AUGAUCGGCUUAGCUCAAGGCUGUUUCGACCAAACCGUUCCCUAUUUACGCCAACGCAAACAAUUCAAGAAACGUCUCAUCGAUUUCCAAGGUCUUCAACAUCAAAUCGCCCAAGUGGCAACGGAAAUCGAGGCGGCCAGAUUGCUAGUCUACAAUGCCGCAAGAAUCAAGGCUCAUUCUGAUCGACCUGUGGUGAAAGAGGCGGCGAUGGCGAAAUUGUUUGCCUCGCAAGUCGCCACGUCAUCAACUGCACAAUGUGUGAAAUGGUUGGGUGGAGUGGGAUUCACCAAAGAGUUUGCAGCUGAAAAGUUUUAUCGGGAUGCGAUGAUUGGAGAGAUUUAUGAGGGAACAUCGAAUGUUCAAUUGAAUACCAUCGCUAAAAUUAUUGAUCGAGAAUUUUCUUGA